UUGAAACAUUUUAAACUUAUUCUUCCAAACGGCUUGACUAAAUAGUGAUCUUUUGUUUUAAUGUCUAAUUCAAUGUUUUAUUUAAUCUGUGGAGUUUUAAUAAUGUGAAAAACGAGUAACUAUGCGAGUGAUCAUAUUUCUAACAGAGUUGGUUUUAUCUUGCUGCUACUUUAGUAUGGUUAUUGAAAGUGUAUACGGUGAAAACAUGAGUAAGGAGUUCACAAGUAAUAAUUGCUCUGAGAAAGAUGUUCCUGGCAGCGGUGAUGCUGUGCCUAGUGAGCUCUGCUGUCUCACAGGCACCGCUGCCCCCAGUGUACCGCCUCCCAACCUCCAUCAUUCCUGUCAAAUAUCUGGUGCAUCUGGAACCUAACAUGGCAGCUAAAACUGCGUCUGGAGCCAUGAUUUUAGAGAUGCUAACUUCCAGAAAUGAGAGUGAUUCCCUCAACUCCAUAAUUCUGCACCUGGGUGUAGAUGCAACAGUGAGAGAGUCUUCAGUAACAUUGCUUAACUCCUCGGGCUUAAAAGUUCCUAUUGGAGCAAUAGAGUAUGAUGAUGCCAACACACUCAUCAAGUUUGUGCUGCCGGAUGGGGACACACUUAAGCCCAAUGGAAUGUACAUGCUCGUCCUAGAAUUCGCUUGCCGGCUGUAUUCUGAACCUAAUGGGUUGUUUAUAGGUUCAUAUAACACUACCAGCAACUACAUUGCCAGUUACUUUCGUCCCACGUUUGCUCGCAACGUAUUUCCGUGUUUUGAUGAGCCCCACUUCAAGACUCCGAUAACACUCCGGGUUCAGCGGCCUGCCAACUACUAUGCAGUGUCCACUGCUCCAUUCAUCAACUCAACAUCGCCAGAUGUGAAUGACAUGGUAUUGGACACCUUUGAAAUCAGUGAGCACAUCUCCCUGCACUCGCUCGGCCUGUUCAUCUCUCCAAUGGCACCGGUAUCGACUAUGGGACUGCAACUAUAUGCUCCCCCUGGUACUGCCACUAAUGUCAACUACCUUGAAACCCUUCUCCAAAACAUGUACAAUACAGUGGGCAACCUCCCGACUCCUGGAGGCAACUUCAACUUGGUUGUUCUCCCUGACAAGGUCUUUACCGCUUUUUCAUCAUAUGGCAUCGUCUAUACCAGCCCUGAGGUGUACCUGGGACAGGAGCCUGGACAGGGAAAGCAGUUUUUCCUCCGACAGAAGCUGACACUAGCCUUUCUCCAGCAGUACCUGGAGUACCAGAUGACUCCAGUGUGGUGGUCAGAUCUCUGGUUGUCUGACAGUGUUGGUACCUUUGUGGCUAUGAUGUUACAACCAGAGUACUCAGAUUCAAAGUACUUACCAUGGAUCAAAGUAGAAAUGCGGAGAAAUGCAUUCGGUCCAGACUUCAGUGAUUCCACCCGUCCAGUGGUAGAUGACCAGCUGCUCUCGAGAUGGGACAUUGAGAGUGCAAUAGCCAGUGAAUCCAUCAAGUACAAAGGACUUAAUGUUCUAACCAUGUGGAAUGAUGUCAUGCCUGAAGGAUUGGUCAUGAAAACCAUCCAGAAUUAUAUUCAACUGAAGAAGUCCAUGGUAACAACAGCUGAUCUUUUUGAGUUGAUGGUGGCUAACAUUGAGGCAAAUACUACUUAUGAUGUCACUCCUGCAAUAAACCUGCUGCCUUACUGGCUGAAUACUACAGGACACCCUGUACUGACCUAUCAGCCUCUUAGUAACUCUAUGUUCACCCUCACUCAGAGUGCAAGCUGUUCAGAGACAAAUAAUGUAUCAUCAGCGGUUUGGCCUAUCUCCAUAUCCUAUACCCAGAACAGUACUCGAGACUGGACAUUUUACAGACAGGGUAUGUGGCUGCUGAGUUCUUCCCUCGAUAUCUCCCACCAGCUGGACCAGUGGAUUGUCUUCAACCUGGAGACCGCUCCAUACAGAGUAAAUUAUCAUAGCAGUUGGGAUCAGAUCAUUGCAGCCCUAAAGACAGACCUGGGAGCCUCCACUAACACGCCAGAUGUCAUCAGAGCCAUGAUACAGGAAGAUGCCACAGCUCUCGCUCUUGCUGGUUGUCUUCCAUUCACAACCAUGCUGUCUGUGUUGAGCAACACUCAGCGCAACCAGGCCGAUUGGAUCGCGACUGUCAAGAUAUUCGAUGUCAUUACUGCUAAAAUUGGGGAUGACGAGAAUGUUCAUGCCUCAUUCGGAGUAUAUGUAGAAAGCCUGUUUCCAAAGGAGUUUUUGAACUCUCUUGAUCUGAAAAACAGUUCUGCCAACACAAAUGUGGAGUUUGUGCGUGCUGUAGUGACACCAUGGCUUUGCGAGUUCAACCUCGGAACUUGUCAACAGGCUGCGGCUGAACUAUUCCAGCACAUUCUUCAGGGGAACGUCACAGGGAUAGAUGUAGAAGACAUAGACAACGUGGCAUGCCUAGGAGCACGCUACAGCACAUCAGUGCUUGGCCAACUGAUGACGGCCUACAAGAAUGCUCCCAGUCCUUGGUUUCGAUAUUUGUACACCCUGUCCCUUAGCUGCAUCAGAGAUCCUCCCAGCGUACAGACCAUUCUGAAUACCAUAGUGAACUCAAGUUCUCCAUUCACAGUAGGUGAUGCCAGGACCAUCAUGGUUGGUUUGGCCGGCAGUAUGCAAAACUCAGAAGCAAUUGUGAACUUCAUAGUGACUCAGUCAUCUGUUAUACAAGAAAAACUUGGUAUUGGAGCCCUCUCUACUACUAUUCAAGUUUUGGGCAAGUUUAAAGUUGAUUUGUCGAAUUUGUGGUCCCUUACUAACAUGACUCUGGGACUGGACCCACGUGUAGUGCAGUCUGUGUUGUGGACCAUGGAUGCAGCUAACGCCAGCACCACCUGGUGGCAGAACAAUGGUGCAGCCCUGGAAUCUGCUUUGCCUGCGGCCCCCCAACCCACUCCAUCACCGGGCAGCAGCACGACCCCAUCUCCCAGUUCUGCUGCCAAGUCACUCACGGACCUACACGUCUUCGCACUAGUGGUCACCACCAUUUUAUCAAUCAUUACAGUUCAUUUCUUUUAGCACUUAUAUUCAUGUAAGAAUAUAUGUUUUAUAAAAUAAAUUGACAAAUUUUCUUUGUA